AUGGUUUCCGGGCAUCCUUUGCUCAUCUGCUUCGUGGUUGCGGCCCUCACCGGCGCCUUUGCGUGCACCGAAGUGAGCCAGGCCACUCCACAGGGCCCCCCAGAGAAGCGUGCGGACUACAACACUUUCCUGAUGAUCCAGAACAUUCUGUGCUUUGCAUCUGGCUUUGUCAACGCCUUGACCAUCAUUGACAUGGGCAUGACCGUCUCCCACCAGACUGGCAACACGAGCCACACAGGACGGCUCAUCAUGAACGGCGGAGCCAAGUUCUUUCACCUUAUGGCAGCAUUCGCGUGCGGAAGCUUCGUGGCAGGCUACAGCAAGUCAGAUGGUGAGGCGGUGUACCAGGGCCGCUACUCCCCCAACCUGUUGGCUUCCGCUAUGUGCGUUGUCGGUGGCUGCAUUGUCCAUUACUGCAAGGCUCAGGAUGGCGGCAACGAUGACACCUCCCAGUCGCUGCUGCUCUUCUCAUUCUCCCAGGGCAUCCAGAACGGCAUCACACGCAGGUGCACCUCCUGCCCCAUUUGCACUACUCACUUCACCGGCUACCUCACGGACUUCGGUGUCGGUCUCGGUGCCUGGGCACGUGCGCAGGUCAGCGGCGACCCUUCCCCAACCCUGCUCAAGGUGCUGCUCUUUGGAUCGGGCACCUUCUUCUUUGGCCUGGGCGGCGUGGCAGCCAAGGAGACCCACCCCAUCUACGGAGUGCAG